ACCGACUAUUCCUCAAUCAGCCACGAAAGUACGUGGAGCGUGCGGAGCUGAAAACAAACUAGUGAUAAGUAAUUUAUUAAGUUCACAUUCAGAUUCUCAAAAUGAGGGAAAUCGUACACAUCCAGGCCGGACAAUGCGGAAACCAGAUCGGCGCUAAGUUCUGGGAGAUCAUCUCCGACGAGCACGGCAUCGACCCCACCGGCGCCUACCAUGGCGACUCCGACUUGCAGCUGGAACGCAUCAACGUGUACUACAACGAGGCCUCCGGUGGCAAGUAUGUGCCCCGCGCCAUCCUGGUCGACUUAGAGCCCGGCACCAUGGACUCCGUCCGCUCGGGCCCCUUCGGACAGAUCUUCCGCCCCGACAACUUCGUGUUCGGGCAGUCUGGCGCCGGCAACAACUGGGCCAAGGGCCACUACACGGAGGGCGCUGAGCUCGUCGACUCUGUUCUAGACGUCGUGCGCAAAGAAGCAGAGUCCUGUGACUGUCUGCAAGGCUUCCAGCUCACACACUCGCUCGGCGGCGGCACCGGCUCCGGCAUGGGCACGCUCCUCAUAUCCAAGAUCAGAGAAGAAUACCCCGACAGAAUCAUGAACACAUACUCCGUAGUCCCCUCGCCCAAAGUAUCAGACACAGUAGUAGAACCCUACAACGCGACUCUGUCGGUGCACCAGCUAGUAGAAAAUACCGACGAAACAUACUGCAUAGACAAUGAGGCUCUCUACGACAUCUGCUUCCGCACGCUCAAACUGUCCACUCCCACCUAUGGCGACCUCAACCACCUAGUGUCGCUUACGAUGUCCGGAGUCACCACUUGCCUCAGGUUCCCCGGUCAACUGAAUGCGGAUCUCCGCAAAUUGGCCGUCAACAUGGUGCCGUUCCCACGUCUGCACUUCUUCAUGCCCGGCUUCGCGCCUCUUACAUCCCGCGGCAGCCAGCAAUACCGCGCUCUCACUGUGCCCGAGCUCACGCAACAGAUGUUCGACGCCAAGAAUAUGAUGGCGGCCUGCGACCCCCGCCACGGCCGCUACCUCACCGUGGCCGCCAUCUUCCGCGGCCGCAUGUCCAUGAAAGAAGUCGACGAGCAGAUGCUCAACAUCCAGAACAAGAACUCGUCCUACUUCGUGGAAUGGAUCCCCAACAACGUGAAGACGGCCGUGUGCGACAUUCCGCCUCGCGGCCUUAAAAUGGCCGCCACCUUUAUCGGCAACUCCACCGCCAUCCAGGAGCUGUUCAAACGCAUCUCGGAGCAGUUCACCGCCAUGUUCAGGCGCAAGGCUUUCUUGCAUUGGUACACCGGCGAGGGCAUGGACGAGAUGGAGUUCACGGAGGCCGAGAGCAACAUGAACGACCUGGUGUCCGAGUACCAGCAGUACCAGGAAGCCACGGCCGACGAGGACGCCGAGUUCGACGAGGAGCAGGAACAAGAAAUCGAAGAGAACUAGAUGGAGUUUGAUCUCUCGCGCCCUGUCUCAUCUUACCAACUUCCUCAUUCUUCUUGGAUCUUAUAUAUUUUGCUUCUGUAGUUUUAUACAAUAUUUUAACUAUUUAUUUAAACUAUUUUUUAAG